AAAAAAAGUCAAAAGUAGAAACAAGCAGUCGACUCAAGUCGACGCGAAAAGGCGCGUCAGUAUUUUCCUCUAAACGAGGUUUUUUAACAAAAAAUUCGAGUAGUUUUUAUUGAUAAGUAAGACGAAGAAAGAAAGUCUGUAAAAUGGAUCCCGAGGCAUUCCUGGACAUGGCCAACCAGGUCAUCAAAUUGAAGAUGUUCCCAUACUUCGACAUCGCAAACUGUGUACUUUGCGCGCUGCACGUCAAAGAAGAUUUAGGACCCGGAGCUCACACAUUCUCUAGAAAACAUCCCUUAUCAUGUUGGCUCUCCACAAUGUUGGUUGUUUUUGCGAGUGGAAUGCUGUGUAAUGGAUUAUUAGGAGAACCUAUUUUAUCACCAUUAAAAAAUACACCACAAGUUGUUGUUGCAACUAUUGUCUGGUAUAUAAUAUUUUACACACCCUUCGACAUUGGAUACAAAAUUGCAAAAUUUUUGCCCGUUAAGAUUAUAUGUUCGGCGAUGAAAGAAAUAUACAGAUGUAAAAAAGUUUAUGACGGAGUGACUCACGCAGGAAAGUUAUAUCCAAAUGCAUAUCUUAUAAUGAUUAUCAUCGGAACGCUGAAAGGAAAUGGUGCUGGUUUCACCAAACUAUUCGAGCGUCUCAUUCGUGGAGUUUGGAUGCCAUCGGCAAUGGAAUUCAUGCAACCAAGCUUUCCUACGAAAGCAUCGCUCGUUGCCUCCAUUAUUUUUGUCCUCGAUAAAAAGACUGACCUUAUCUCUGCGCCUCAUGCUUUAGUAUACUUUGGAAUUGUAAUCUUCUUCGUUUACUUUAAGCUAUCAUCAAUUUUAUUGGGUAUUCACGAUCCUUUCGUACCUUUUGAGAAUUUAUGCUGUGCCCUCUUCCUGGGUGGCAUUUGGGAUUCCCUAGCGAAAUUAUUAGGACGUGGUCAAACCAAAGACGAAAAAGCAGAUCCUAAGAAAACUAACUAAUAUUUACGAGGUAAAUUUUCACAACCAUUUUUUUUAAGUUCAUAUUUUAAAUUAUUACUUUUAAAGAACUCUUGACGAAAUCUCGCAACCUGAUGAACCAGAAAACUUAAACUAGUCAACACUUGAUAUACCCAAAGUACAAUAACAUAUUGUAUAUAAACAGAUCAUAUUGAGAUAAUCGCGCAAUUGCAAAAGAAAUCGUUUUAUAUGCAAUUCGCUCAUAUUUUCGCCUCUCAAGUAACUUGAUCGCAAAGCUAGGAACCAAAAUGUGUCGAAAUGAUCGAUUAUUUGAAAUAUAACGUACCGAUUUUCCGAAUUACGAAUGUACAUGUAAAUUAUUUACGUAUCGAAUGUUAGUAACAUCAAGCAUUAUCUUAAAUUUCACGUCAAACAGGAUAGAUAUAUUUUGUACCAAGUUUAUAUCACGACAACAAUUUAGAUCAAUUUAAAAUUCUGAAGUUUCUUUGAAUGGCUUCCAUCGGUAUUUAGAAAUGUGCAGUUUUAUUUAUUUUAAUGUUACGACCUUAGUAUUAUGGAUAUAUUUAAUAUUUAAACAAAAACUCUUUCAAAGUAUUUUUAGAAUAUUUGCGGUUUGUAUGAAACUGUUUUGUGUAACAUUGUAACGAGAUUGAAAAACUGUAUUAUAAUUUUAAUCGUUCGCAAAGCGUUCUCAAAGCGUUCUCAAAGCUCUUUUUGAAGAAUAUUCUUUAAAAAAUGUUUUAAUUUUAAUCUUUAAAUGUGCAAUUAUUAUUAAAUAUUUUUAAAAUCUCACUUUUCACCUGCCUAUUUUAAAGUAAUUUUCCACUAUUGAAAUCUUCUUUCGAAAGAUAAUAUAAUCUUCCGAAUAUCCAUUUCACGUCCUGCAGUUUUCGAAUUAUUUUCGCGUGUAUCAUUCUUUCUCCAUCUUCGACUUACUUCAUUUUAUUGUAAAUAUACAUAUAU